AUGGGUCCUGUUCGGAUUGCAGAUAUACAUCGCCCAGAGUCGACCGAUGACAAGAGUGGGCCGUCCAUCACGAAUGUGGAGCAUUUGGCUUCGUAUAACUGGAUAGAAUCGUCUGGCCCCAUUAUUGCCGUCCCCGGCUGCCCGCCGCGUUGGUCUCCACCCAGAACGCCCAAGAAAGUGCCCAAGGACGCUGGGCUCAUCUACAUUGCUCAAAACGCGUGUCGCCAUCCUGAAAGUCCGCUUGAGCCACUUUUUCGCUCGUUGUACGUUGAACAUCCUUCGUACAACAUACGCGAAGUUGACUUGAUAACCGAUCGAAAUAACGUCCGCAAACUUCUGUCGUUCAUCAAUCCACAUCUCUCCAAAGAUGGACUGGAGCCUUUUACCAUCGACGUUGAGAUCACAGGCAACACAGCAAUCUUUUGUCGGGCAGAAACGGAAACACACACAUUCAUUGGGCCACACGAUUUCAGAGGUUACGGCCACGAGUUCGAGAAAGCUUUCACCACAACCGAAGUAUCCGGUAGCACUGGACAUCAUCGGAUCAUCUCGUACAACUUCGGUGGUUUGAAAUUCAUAGUACGCUACGAAACCGACGCCUAUGUUGAUGACGUUUCAAAACCUCAAAGUGUGGAUGAGAAUGUCCUGAACAUGAUGGAAAACCUGUCUCUUUCGCGACCCAACAAUCACUCUCGUCUUCCCACCGAAUCCGGACUAAUAGUUCAGGAAGACGGAAAACGGGUGCCAAUCAAAUCAACUCUUGAGAUCAAGACGCGUGUGUCUCAUAAGCCUAUCGACAUCCAAGAAGUUCUUCCCCAGCUAUGGGUAUCGCAAACACCGAAUCUUGUCCGUGCCUACCACAGCGGGGGCAUAUUUGGACCGCCGGAAGUCAAAGACGUCACCCGUGAGAUUGCUGAAUGGGAAGAAUGCCAUGCUGACGACCUUUGGAGAUUGGUUGUAUUGGUCAAGGAAAUCAUCAGAGUGGUGAGAGAGAAUGAGGGGAAUGCUGUCCUUAAAUAUGACGGUCGAAGCGGUAGCCUUGCGGUUUGGGCGAGAGAAGGGAGGAGGAUGUUACCGGAUGAUCUUUAUCUGAAACUCGGUGGUGAAGCUGGACCGAUUCAGGCGAUUGAAUCAAAUUCCCGGAAAACAACACUCAAAAUUGGGGAUACUUUCUACGAUGUUGACAUUUCGGCGAUACCAUACUUAUCAUCCUUUGUCAGGUCUCAACGCCUUGCCCAGCCGCAAAAUACGACACUCGUCCAUGGCAAUAUUGCUUUGUUUGAUAUUGCUCUCAAGGGCCUGGAAUCAGGCUAUCGACAAUGUUUCCGCUCUUUGCGAGGUGAUAUUCCUCAGUAUCACACUCUCUGUGAAACAUAUGACUUUCUCGGGGUCGACGUGCUUGCCGGGCAGUCCAUUGAUGGUAUUUUUGCCGAUCUGAGGGCUUGCAAACCCGAUUACGAUUUCGAAUAUGAGCGUUAUCGAGCUGUAAGGGGCGAUAAAUCUCGAGCACGAGACGCCGCAUUUCGACUUUUAUUCCUGAUAAUAUGCAGCGAAUUCCGCGAUGAAAAGAAAGAUGCUGCCAAGGUUUACAACGCUGUGCUAUUCGUUGUUUCACAUCCAGGAACCUUCAAACAGGCCACGAGAACUGCGGUGCGGUCGGUCUUUGAUGAGCGUUUUGUCGUGUCCACGAAGCAGCGAAGCCAAUUGGAUCGUUGGAAAAAGGAGGAUGCUAUCAACUCAGGCGACGAGAACACAACCGAGGAUGAAUAUUCUGAGCCAUAUCUUUCUGAUGAGUCCUAA